AAUUAAAACGCGGUCUAGAUUAUGCCACGUGUUAUUAAUAUGACGUGGCAUCCGACGUGGCACAACCUAAAUCCCCGUAAUUGAUUCUCUCUCUCUCUCUCUCAGUGAGUCAACUCGUUCUCUUUUGUUUCUCUCCGUUUCAAGAUUUUCUCUGUUACUCAUCUCAAAAAACGCGAAUUUGCCGUGAAAGUGAAACGCAAAUCACUAUAUUUUUUUUGGUAAAUAAACGCAAAUCACUAUAUUGUUUUUGGAUUUUGUGUUUGUGUUUUAUGGUGAUUUUGGAUUUGGAAGAAUCGUUGCCAUGAAUGGAAAUAUCGGAGGAAAGGUUCCGAUUGGGGAAUGUAAAGCGACUGUAGUUUACAUGUCCGGUUACUUACCAGGUGCUGCGCCGGAGAAAUCCCCAAUUCUCUCUCCUGUUCCCGUACGGUUACCGGCGGCUGUCCACGGAGGAGAUUCGUGGAAAGAUGUAUGUGGCGGCGGUUGUGGAUUCGCUAUGGCUAUUUCAGAGAAGGGCAAGCUUAUAACUUGGGGUUCUACUGAUGAUGAAGGACAGAGCUAUGUGGCUUCUGGAAAGCAUGGGGAAACUCCAGAGCUGUUCCCUCUUCCCACGGAGGCUCCAGUCGUUCAGGCUUCUUCAGGAUGGGCACAUUGUGCUGUUGUAACAGAGGCUGGUGAAGCAUUUACUUGGGGUUGGAAGGAGUGCAUUCCAUCAAAGGAUCCUGUUGGAAAGCAGCAGAGUGGCUCGAGUGAGCAAGUGAGUCAACCAUCACAAGGUUCAAAUGCAGCUAGUGGUAUGACACUACAGAAUGAGACCCGAAAGGUAGGGGAGGAUUCAGUGAAGCGGAGACGGGUUUCAACUGCCAAAGAUGAAACCGAAGGCCAUACAUCUGGAGGCGACUUCUUUGCUACAGCACCUUCACUUGUGAGUGUUGGCCUUGGAGUGAGGAUCACCAGUGUUGCUACUGGUGGCCGACAUACUCUGGCAUUGUCAGUUUCAGAUAUAGGACAGAUUUGGGGUUGGGGAUAUGGAGGCGAAGGUCAACUAGGAUUGGGUUCCCGGAUUAAAAUGGUGUCGUCUCCUCAUCUAAUACCUUGCCUUGAAUCAAUUGGAUCUGGGAAAGAAAGAUCUUUCAUAUUACAUCAAGGAGGAACAACAACCACGUCUACUCAAGUUUCAAGAGAACCUGGUCGGUACAUCAAGGCCAUUUCUUGUGGAGGUCGUCAUAGCGCGGCAAUUACAGAUGCUGGAGGGUUAAUAACUUUUGGCUGGGGGCUCUAUGGACAGUGUGGCCACGGAAACACAAAUGACCAGUUAAGGCCCAUGGCUGUGUCAUCAAUGAAGAGUGUUCGGAUGGAAAGCGUAGCAGCUGGAUUGUGGCACACUAUUUGCAUCUCUAGUGAUGGUAAAGUGUAUGCCUUUGGUGGAAACCAAUUUGGGCAACUGGGAACUGGCACUGAUCAUGCUGAGAUAUUACCGAGGUUGCUGGGUGGCCAGAAUUUGGAGGGCAAAUAUGCGAAAGCAGUUAGUUGUGGCGCGCGGCAUAGUGCGGUUUUGGCAGAAGAUGGUCAGUUGCUAUGCUGGGGAUGGAACAAAUAUGGACAGCUGGGUCUAGGGGACACGAAUGACCGGAGCAUUCCUACACAAGUCCAGCUCGAUGGCUGCAGACUGAGAAAAGUGGCGUGUGGAUGGUGGCAUACAUUACUACUAGCAGAUAUACCUACUUGAGUUUUCCCAACCAAUCACCAAAUCCUCGAUAGACAUUUCUGGGUUUUUUUAGCCUUAUGAAAGAGAUUGCCUCUAGGUUUGACGCUGUACAUACAUACAGACAGGCUUUUUGCUGUGUAUGUAUUUUCUUCUUCAAUCUUUCCCCGUCUUCAUGUUUUUUUCUUAGGGAGAGAGCUUUGACUUUGUAGUUUGUAUUGUGUAACGUGGGAAAAUUGCGGAACAAAGAAUAAAACGGUUUGCUACGAAAUAAACUAAGCAUCAAUCACUCA